CAGAGCAAUCGCGAAAAAGAUGCUCAGUUCAGUCUUUCUUUGCCUGGCAGUAGCCUCGCUGGCGAGCUCUGAAUUCCACCCAGUCUUUGACGGGAAAGUCAGGAAGACGGCAGACGGCCGAUACGAGGCGUAUCUAGUCCCGCCUGCAGCGGCCAACCACGCCUCCUUUCUGGAGCUGCUUCCGUCGGGGGAGCUGCUGCUGGCCUGGUUCUCUGGCACCGCAGAAGGCGCCAACAAUUGCUCCAUUGUCCUGGCUCGCCUCCCUGCUGGGGGAGACCAGUGGAGUAACUCCAGUCUGGUGUCCCGGAGACCGGGGUACUCCAACCAGAACCCCGUUCUCUUCCUGGACAGCACUGGGCAGGAGGUCUACCUCUUCCAUUCCCAGCAGCCUGCAUCAUCAGCUGAGUCCCGAUGGAGACCAGGGAGUGAGGAAGACAAGGCCAACAUAUGGAUGUUGCAGUCAUUUGACAUGGGGUUGAACUGGACUACUCCUCUGGAUGUCUUCACCACAGACGGCUCUUUUGACAGGAACAGGAUCAUCUAUUCUCUCAUGGGAGACUGGAUAUUUCCCAUCUACUACGCAGUGGAAGAGGAUAAGGAUCAGUAUUCUACAAUGAUGAUCAGUUCAGACCAAAGGACGUGGAAGCCAUACCCAAUUCCCCAUUCCAAUUACCUGAUCCAGCCCAGUGUCAUCAGACCACACCCCUCUCAGCCCCUCCUCUUCGCCUUCCUGAGAGACCGACAAGCUCAAAACAUCUACACUACCUCCUCCACUGAUGAUGGUGGGAUCACAUGACAUCAUGUGACUGUCACAUGACCUCACUGUUGCCAUUACUGCAGGAUACACCUGGACUGAGCCUUCCCCCACCAAACUCCCCAACAAUAAUGCUGCUAUCCAGGCGUGCGUACUAAGUAAUGGACAUGUGGUGUUGGUGUACAAUCCAACCACUGGUCCACGAGUGCCUCUGAGAGUUUCUCUCUCUGAGGACGGAGGGCUGUCCUGGCUCCACUCCCGAGACCUGGAGACCAACGGUACAGAGUUCAGCUACCCUUCGCUCCUCCAGACCCCGGACAGCUUCAUCCACGUCAGCUACACAUACAACAGACAGACCAUCAAGUACGUCAAGUUCAUGGAGAGUUGGAUCAUGGACGGCCAAGACUGAAAAAUGACUGAUGUUUUAAAUUUUACACUGAGUCCUGCCUUUUAUUGUAUAUUAUAUAAUUAUACAUUGCUUUCUCUUGCAACGUCAUCCAUAGGAGUGACUGAGCGGCCAACAUAUUCUUGUACUUUCAUCAUCAGCA